AUGGAAAGAAUUAACGAUCGCGGCGAGCCCUACUACACUCAUGUUAUCCCCUUCGUUAUCGUCACGGAUAUUCAGAAACUCCGAAGUGUUCUGAACGUCAUAUACCCUACACCAGCAGAUAAACUAAAGGGUUUCGAGGUUACUCAGUACGAUGUGGGCGACGACUAUAAUAUUAUCACCUGGGCCAAGGAUCCGCAGAAUCUUUUGGAGGAGGUCAAGAAGAAGGAUGACAAUGGCAUCAAGAAGGAAUAG